CUCGAGGCAGAUGAUUUACUGUUGAUUUUUAAUGGCAAACUGAUAGCACCUGACAAGUUCAGCGAGAAGAAGCAAUGAGAUAUAAUCUUCUAGGAAAGCUGUUGUGUUUGUUAUAAUCCUAAUGUUAACUUGCUUGAAGACAAAAUGCCUAUUUACACGGUUCCUGCAAGAAAUCACUCAGAGGCACAACGUACUACCACUUUUCAGAAGAUUUCUUCACAAAAUGCUCUUACCAGCAGCAAAAUGUCUGGGCAGCAAUUGACAUCACAGAUGUCAGGAAAAGAAAAAGAGAGUCUUCUUUCAUCGUCUCAGAAUAAGGCUGAGGAAGUAAAUAGGACCUAUGUGAUUUCAGCCUGUAAUAAUGCAGAUGACGCAUCAAUUACAUUGAAGCCUCAGGACAGAUUAACGCUCCAGAGGAGAACUAGAGUAAGCAAAAAAUCGGUGUCCAGUAGUGAACAAUCGGAUAACAACGUAAUACAGAGCACAGAUAAUACACAAACAGGCAAAAGACUUACUCUACAAAGGCGUGUGAAGACUGGCUCUGUGGAGAAGAGUAAAAUUAAUUGGAAUUCAGUGCCUGGAAUAGAAAGUAAUGACUUUGCUGCAGAAAGAAAUUACAAGACUGUGCUUCAACCAAAUAUUAAUAAUAAUGAUACUUGUUAUGUUAAUCCACGCUGUAAGUUAGCUGAGGGUCAGUCAAAUACGAAGAUACAUUUUAACCUGAACAGCAAGGACUUGUUUGGCAAUGCUGAAAAUGACAAGUGCACACAAGUAAAAUGUAAGACAAGCACUGCUGACUCAAAACUUCAACAUGAAGCUCGUGUAUCAGAGCAAUUAGUUACCUCAAAGAAUAUUAAUAGGAUAUCAGGAGAACAACUGAAUGAAAAAGGUGACAUAAAUAAGCUAGAGGGAAAGCAAAGGUUACAACACUUAAUGAUAAAGCAUAACAGUUUGGAAAGGCCAAGGACGCCAACAAAAGGUUCAACAGAAGGAUUUAAGCUUACACCAAAGAACAGCACAUUUCGGGAUCAGUCAUCUCUAUCGGCUUCAAAUAAACGAACAGUUCAUUCUCCAGUGGUGUCAAUAAAGAAAACCAGUGUCUCUAGCUCUCCUCCUGUGAGUAGAAGUGCAAAAGCAAAAGAGAAUGUAGAAAUGCUAGCUGAGAACAAUAGCACUGAGAAAGAGGUUUUCAAAGUAGAAAACAGCAAAGUGACUGUAGCUGUGCGUGUACGGCCUUUCAGUAACAGAGAGAAAAAUGAGAACUCACUUCCUGUAGUCUCCAUGAGUGGCUCAGAGACAACUGUACGAAAUCCAAGCACAAACCAAGUUUACAACUUCAGUUAUGACUACUCUUUCUGGUCUUUUGACAAGUGUCAUCCUAAUUUUGCAAGCCAAGCAAUGAUUUAUAAGACUCUGGCAGUGCCACUCCUAGAAAGAGCUUUUGAGGGAUAUAACACUUGUCUUUUUGCUUAUGGGCAAACUGGUUCUGGAAAAUCAUACACGAUGAUGGGGUUUGAUGAAGACCGAGGGAUAAUUCCAAGACUCUGUGAAGAUCUUUUCACUCGAAUAGCACAAAGGGACAAACAACAGGUCUUGUAUCAUCUUGAAAUGAGCUAUUUUGAAGUUUACAAUGAGAAAAUUCAUGAUUUGCUUGUCUUCAAAGCUGAAAGCAGACAGAAGAAACAACCACUCCGUGUAAGAGAGCAUCCAGUGUUAGGACCGUAUGUGGAAGACCUAACAGUGAAUGUUGUCAGUUCUUACUCUGAUAUCCAGAGUUGGCUUGAACUAGGGAAUAAGCAGAGAGCGACAGCUGCUACAGUAAUGAAUGACAAGAGUUCUAGAUCUCAUUCUGUCUUCACCCUCGUCAUGACUCAAACCAAGGUAGAAUCUGUGGAUGAAGAGCAACGUGACCGUAGUCUUACCAGUCACAUAAAUCUAAUUGAUUUAGCUGGCAGUGAAUGCUGCUCUGCAGCUCAGACCACUGGAGAAAGGCUGAAGGAGGGUGUGAGUAUUAAUAAAUCACUCUUAACCCUUGGAAAGGUUAUUUCUGCACUCUCAAAGCAGUCUCGAAAUGGAAAGAAAACUUUCAUUCCUUACCGGGAAUCUGUCCUUACUUGGUUAUUGAAGGAAAGUCUUGGUGGAAAUUCACAAACUACUAUGAUUGCCACAGUAAGUCCAGCUGCCAGCAGCACAGAAGAAACUCUCAGCACUCUUCGCUAUGCAAAACAAGCUUGUUCAAUUAUCAACAUUGCUAAAGUAAAUGAAGAUGUGAAUGCCAAGCUAAUCAGAGAAUUGAAAUCUGAAAUUGAAAAACUGAAGGCAGCUCAGAAAAGUGCUCAGAACACUGAUCCUGAGAAAUACAGGCGUUAUUUGCAGGAAAUAACAUCUCUGAGGGUGAAAUUGCAUCAACAGGAGAGGGACAUAGCAGAAAUGCAAAGGGCCUGGAAAGAAAAACUUGAGCAAGCAGAAAAGAGGAAAUUAGAAGAUAUAAAAGAAUUGCAGAAAGCAGGAAUUGCAUUCAAAAUGGACAAUCACUUACCAAACCUUGUUAAUCUCAAUGAAGAUCCCCAACUUUCUGAGGUGCUGUUGUAUAUGAUCAAAGAAGGAGAAACUACAGUUGGAAGGUAUACACCGAAUUCAAAACAUGAUAUCCAGCUUUCUGGAGUGCUAAUUGCUGAUGACCAUUGCGUUAUAAAAAAUAACGUUGGCCAAGUGAGUAUUAUUCCACGGAGAGAAGCAAAGACAUAUGUAAAUGGGAAAUGCAUUUUAGACCCGACAGUUCUGCAUCACGGUGAUCGAGUGAUCCUUGGGGGAGACCAUUAUUUCAGGUUUAACCAUCCAGUAGAGGUUCAGAAAGUUAAAAGGCCAUCUUGUGGGACUACGCUUUUGCAUGAUGGCCCUAAAGAUUUUGAAUUUGCAAAGAAUGAGCUGCUUAUUGCACAGAAAACUCAGCUUGAAUCAGAAAUUGAAGAGGCACGACUCAAAGCCAAGGAAGAAAUGAUGCAAAGUGUCCAAAUAGCAAAAGAGAUGGUUCAGCAAGAACUGACAUCACAAAAAGAAGCUUAUGAAAGCAAAAUAAAAUCACUGGAAGCAGAGGUGAGAGAAGAAUCUCGUAAGAAGCAAAUGCAAGAACUGAAUAAUCAAAAGGCUGCAACUAAAAUACAGGAGCUAGAGAAGGCAAAGCAAAAUCUUGAGCUAGAAUUACACUUCAACAAGAAGCGUUUGGAAAUGGAGACCUUAGCUACCAAGCAGGCUCUGGAAGAUCAUAGUAUUCAUCACGCAAAGAUACUUCAAGCUCUGGAAGCUGAGAAACAGAAGAUUGCUGAAGAAAUACAAACCCUUCAGAAGAACCGUGGAAGCGGGAAUAAAACUAUGACUAUUCCUCUUAACUGGAAUUCUUUGAAGUUAUCUGUGAUGAUCAAAGAAGCCAACACCAUUAGUAAUGAACUAGGGAAAAACACAGUUUUCUGCAGGCACGACAAAAUCGAUGAUAAAACAGGAACAGUAUCUUCUGUUCAAGUGCAGGUUCGUAACAUCAAACUAGGAAUAGCAACUUUCUGGAGCCUGGAGAAAUUUGAAUGCAAACUAGCAGCAAUGAAAGAACUCUAUGAGAGUAAUGAUAACAAUAAAGCUGCUGAUGUGUUUUAUGACCCUGCUGAUGAGUGGGAACCUGACCUUUCAGAUGCCUCAGUUUCCUCUCUUUCCAGAAGAAGAAGUAGAAGUUUCAUGAAGAACAAGAGAAUUUCUGGAUGUUUGUCUGGUAUAAAAUUGCAACCAAUCCAUAAUACACAAGCUUCCUAUAUUUCAGGUUCACAGAAUAAACCCAGCAUAUGCCCAAACUUCUCUGAAUCACUUCUUCCUGGAAUUUGCAAAGAAUCUCUAAGUUCAGCUUUAGAUUUACUGGAACAGAAUCAUGAAGGAAGAAAGAGCAUAGCAGAUCAUCUCCUAAGGAAUUUGUUUACUAUUUUCUCUGGAGUUUCUGCCAUUUCAAAAGCCUAUGAACAGCAAGAUGAAGAAUGUCAAAAAAACUUUUUCUCUACUGAUCAUGCUGCUCAGUCCUACAGCAUCAAAAUUACCUCUGCUUUUGACCAGCUUGUGGUUCUAGUCAAGGUUUGGCUUAACCAUGUGCAAAAGUGUCCUGGCUCUGUGAAGACUGAUGAAGAAUUAAAACAGGAAGUAAAGAACCUGGGAGGGUAUUUACAGUUACUGUUGCAGGGAUGUUCUUCAGAUAUUUCCUCAAUGGUAACAGAAGCACAGAGCAAAGUGAACGAAGCAGUAAAACAAACAAUUAAAUGCAUAGGACACUUGGCAGUAUUCACAAGAACUGGUAUUUCCAUUUUUGAAGAGAACGACAUUCCUGCAACUAGUCUACAGGAUUUCGUAUUUGCUGUUUAUGAUGGAGUAGGCUUGGGGCUGGACUUUCUUAUGGAUACAGUACAGGAAAAAGCAAGAACGGUGCAGAAAGAACUAUUGAAACAACAUCCACAAAAUGAGAUUCAAAAUCGAAUAAAGGAUGAUGCUGUGGCAUUAGCCAGGUUCCUUGAAGAUAACAUCUCUUCUUGCAGAAAGAAAGAAGUAGAAUCUCAAUUACCAGAAGAAGAUUAUGUGUAUCAGGAAAUCAAGAGAAGUACUAAGAUUGCUGUGAAAUAUUUGGAAUUGGAGCAGUGCCUAGCUGAAGUCCAUCGGGUUGUUUCUUCUACAUUACAAGGGUCAGUCAGAAACACAAACCCUCUCAGGAGCUUUGCAGGAGAGAUUUGUAUCAUAGCUGGAUAUUUGUACAAUUAUUUCAGUUUAUUUGCGUUGUCUUCUACUUCUACAAACAAUGCUAUGCAGAGAACACCCAUGCCAUUUAUGAACUUGGAUGAAUUGGACUCUCUGGUUGAUUCCCUUAUUGUGAAUUUUGAACUUGAACAAGGGCAGCAAAAUCUGAAAUCUAAGCCUCUUUGUAAUGAAACUACUGAGACUGAAGGAAGACAAAUUGAAACAGGUGAAGAUGAAUUUGCUUGGAAACGGAAGGGGAUUCCAAAACACACGUAUGAACUCCAGUUACCGCCUGCGUUUCCAGGGGAGCUCUCACCUGGCAGGAUACAGUGGGUAUAAAAUACUACUAUCAAGAAUUCAGGGAAACUCUUUCCUUUUACAUGAAUGGAAAGUACUAUAUCACAAAAAGAUAAUAUUUUUAGUGGUUUUGUAGUCCAUUGAAAAAUCUUGGCCUGAAGUAGCAGUGAUAAUGCUCUUCAACUCAAUCUAAAGUAAGUUCAUAUGGUGUGGUGUUGGUAGAGGUAAUCUUUGAUUGCUCAAAUCGCUUUCAGUAUUAAUUCACAGUGUAUCAGAAGCAUGGUUCUUCCUAAAUAAUAUGCAAGUCAUCCCACAAUGCUGUGGAGAGUUGCACUGAUAAACAAUCUACAAGUAAAACUAGAAUGUAUGUAUU